GUUCUAUAUCUGAAAAUCCACUUUACAGACAUUAUGCCAUCAUUCGUCGCGAAAAACUGGACAGGCUAAGCAGAAAUAAGGAAGUAGUAACGAUGACCUACUUUACGAGUUGGGACGAAUUCGUAAAGGCAGUGGAGAAGCUUCACUCCAUGAAGUCCGAUAAUUGCAGAUUUGUUACGAAAUACAACCAUCGAGACGGGAAGCUAACCAUGAAAAUGACGGACGACGUCGUCUGUGUUCAGUUCAGUACUAAUCAGCUGCAGGACGUCAGAAGAUUGGAGAAAUUGUCGGCGUCACUAAUGAGAUCAAUGGUAUCCAUUAAUUAA